AUGCCUGGACAUCUCGGUCAAAAAAUAAUCAACGCUUUAGGGGGCCAUUCAAAUCAUGAUUCCUCCGGACAGCCUUUCCAGCAUCGUGCGGCAGUGAACAACGAUGAGCGCCCACUAUCCUCCCACCCCAAUACAGGCACUUACCCCCGUCUGGCACGUCUCUCUGAUGGAUCAAUCCUAUCUUCAUUUACCCGGUUUCCAGAUGGCAAGCGAGCACUUUGCGUCGCCCGCAGCACUGACAAUGGUCACACCUUUGAGAACCUCUCCGAAGUCACUCGCGCAGCUGGGGACGUGGAUAACAUGUUCUUGCUAGAGGUCGCUCCAGGUGUUGUCUUAGCAGCCUUCCGCAAUCACGACGUCGGACCACAAGGUCCCACGCACUUUCGUAUCACAGUCUGCAGAUCCCAGGAUGGAGGUCGUACAUGGCAAUUCGCAUCCCAGGCAGCCGAGAAAGGUGCCCCACUCGGUAUAUGGGAACCCUUCAUGCGACUCGGUAGACGGGGAGAAGUCCAGCUUACUUACUCGCAAGAGUUCGCACCUAACAACCAGUGUACAAUGGUGGUUAUCUCUAACGACCAGGGAAGCUCCUGGAGUCGUCCUGCCUGCUUGCACGGAAUGAAUGAUCCUUUACGCGACGGCAUGAACGGGAUCGCGACUAGUUUCGAUAACGGACGAGAGGCGCUCGUGAUGGUCUUUGAGACUACGAGACACGGUCCGUUUAGUAUCGAGGCACUGGUUUCCUACGAUGAUGGGGCUUCUUGGCAUCAUCGUCAUGAGGUUUUCCGCCCGAAGCCUGGACACAAUGCGGGAUCACCGCAGGUCACCUCAUUUGCGGACGGGUCUAUGGUAGUCGUUUUUAUGACCGACGAGGAUUCGCCGAAGGUUGAGUGGGUCAAACAUGCUUCGAUCAAGGCUGUUUUUGCUGGGCCGCCGCAGGAUGGGCAGAUUCGAUGGAGUAAGCCCAGUCUCAUCUCGGAGGCCUCGAGCUUUUGGCCUGGUGUUAUGGCUAUCGAUCAGCAUACUGCUUUGGUCACCUAUGACAGAGGUGGUCCUUUGGCUAAGACAGUCACCUGGCACCCUUGA